AUGAGGCGUGGACCCCUGGUGGCAGCCCUCUUCCUGCUCACGUGCUGCAAUGCAGCGCAGUUGCGCCUAGCCAUCCUUCCCGAGCAGGAUGCCACAGGUCAAGCAGCCCACAAGACGGGCAUGCACGACCUCGCUGCCUUUGCACGGGGUCUGGAGAAGCUUGGCUAUGCAGUCAGUGUCAUAUCCAAACUCCCUGAGGAGGGCAUCCUUGAGCUGCUGGCCAGUGGACCGGCCCCGGAGGAUGCAUUGUUUGAUGCCAUCCUAUGUCAAGGAGACUCCGCGAGGGCCGUGGCAGAUUUUGCAGCACAGCUGGAAAUCCCAGUGGUGCGCUUCGUGGCUGACAGUGGGCUGAGCCCGGGUGAUGCUCCCAAGCCCUUCUAUGAGCGGCCAGCUGUGCUGGUGUUUGCCAGCGAGGAUGGCCUGACUGCCUUUGGCGAUGUCAUGGAGGAGUCGAUACGCCUGGUCAUCUCCCCUUCCAGCACGAGGAUUGCUCUGACAAGCCAGAAUGCAUACCAAGCCGUGGACAAAGCCCUUCAAGACCUCCAGUCUUUCAACCCUAACAAGGUGCCCUUGGAGCAGAAAGCCUUGGGCUUGGUCAUGAUUGUGAAGGACGAGGUGGCCACUAUUAACACGACGCUGGGGAGCAUGCGUGACAUGAUCGAUUACUGGACCAUUGUGGACACAGGGUCCACUGACGGCACUCAGGAUGCCAUCCGGGAGUACAUGGUGGGCUACCCUGGGCAACUGUACGAGGAGCCCUUUGUGGACUUCUCUACAACACGUAACUUUGCCUUGCGGGCGCAUGGUGACAAGACCGCAUAUGCCUUCAUGGUGGACGCGGAUUAUGCGGUGAACAACACGUGGCGGCUGCGGGUGGCGGCCAAGCGCAUGCAACGCGAGUGCCUGCACAGAUCGAUUCCAGUCUGCGCAAAGGCCGUCCAGAUCAGACUGUACUCGGGCACCACCAUUUUUUAUACUACACGGGUUUUCCCCACAGAUGAAGUUGGCACCGACAACGGCUGGCGCUAUUUUUACCCGGUCCAUGAGAGCCCCUCGCACACCGGCAUCGGCUACAUGAAUCAGUUUGGUGUGGACGACGCCAUGCGCUUCCCCGUCAUCAAGAUGUAUAAUCUGCCCAUCACACACAACAAGUCCAGCACGCGCUGGAAGAAUUUGGAUCUGCCUCUGCUGACGGCGGAGCACCAGAAGAAGCCGCAUGACACGCGCGUUGUGUUCUACCUGGCGCAGACGCUGGACCUGGUGGAUGACAUCCCGGCCGCGCUGGACAUGUACCAGAAGCGCAUCGACAUGGGUGGCUGGCAGCAGGAGGUCUUCGAGGCCCACAUGCGCCGGGGGCGCAUCAAGCAUGACCGUAUUCCGCUGGGCACGGUUGAUCCCCGGACAGACUUCCUCAAGGCGCACCACCUAUUCCCAGGGCGGGCGGAGCCGCUCAUCUGGCUGUGCUGGCACCACCACAAACUGAUGGACGCCUGCCCGCAGGGCACUGCCGGCACGGAGGUUUGCUGGCUCCGCGAACGCGUUGCGGCCUACUACUAUGCCCGCAAGGCCGCCGCUCUCCCCAUGCCGGAUGAGGGCCUCUUCAUGAACAAGCCGGUCUAUGACCACCAGUCGCUGGACGCGCUGUUGCUGCACGCCUACUAUGUGGCCAAGCACCUGGGCCCAUCGCGCACACUGGGCCACAAUGCGGCUGCCUACGUGCAGCAGAAACUCCCAGGACCAGAGCACCGAGCGCGCAACCUGCUGCUCUAUCUUGAGCUGGCCCAGGAACUGCUCAUGGACGCCGCAUCUGCAUCGGUCUGA